AUGGAACAGGAAAUACCAUCCAUAUAUGAGAAAGAAGCCUGGACUCUUACAAAGUUACUUCCAGGAAGAAAGCCUGUUGGGUGCAAAUGGGUAUUCCAAAUCAAGUAUAACGAUGAUGGGACUGUAGAACUAUACAAAGCACACCUAGUAGCCAAAGGCUAUUCACAAGAAUAUGGGACUGACUACUUUGAGACUUUUGCUCCAGUUAUCAAUCUAGCAGUGUUCAGAACACUUCUUAGUGUCACAGCAUCAAGAGAUAUGAUUGUAGAGCAUCUGAAUAUAAAGACUCAUUCUUCAAUGGAAAACUAUCUGAGGAAAUAUUUAUGGAACAACCUGAGGGUUUCAAAGUCGAAGGACAAGAAAAUUAUGUUUACAGACACAACAAAGGACUAA